AUGUUAGAGGUGUCAAUCCGAAAACGAAUUGCCCAACUCGUGAACGUACUAGAGGGACAAGUGAACUUCACUCGAUCUGAAAUAGAACACCUGUUGGACAUGUUUGUCAAAAUCAAUGAGAAAAAACCGUUUGCCAAAUUGGAUCGUGUCACAUUUCGUGAAAUUUUGCAUCACGUUUUUCACAUGACAGACGACGUCAUGAUGGACAGAGUCUGUUUCAGAGCGUACGACUUGAACUCGGAUGGUAUGAUCACAAGGGAGGAGAUGUUUCAAUUGUUAAAGACCUCGCUGAUCAAGCAACCCACCGAUGAGGAUCCGGACGAGGGGAUUCGUGAUCUAGUGGACAUAGUAUUCAAGCGAUUGGAUAUGGAUCAUGAUGGAAAGAUCAAUUUUCAUGAUUUUAUGAGCGCUGUGCAAGAAGAUGCCAUGCUACUGGAAAUCCUUGGACCGUGUUUCCCCGAGGAGAAUGUGGCCAUCGCAUUUGGUUCAACAUUCCAAGAAAUACAAGUGCCAUGCGAAAUCAGCUAUUUGAAACCGGAAAAGAGUAUCGGAAGAACCCCUGCCACUUGA